AUGGUUUCCGGGUUUCUGUUUGGGUAUGACACUGGUGUUGUUUCAGGAUCAAUGCUUUUAAUACAACCGUUUUUUCACCUCAGUAUGUUGUGGGCCCAGGUUAUAGUCAGUGCUACAGUCGGGACAGCAGCUCUUACAUCGUCUGUGGCCGAAUUCGUGGCUGAUUUUGUAGGACGAAAAGUAAUUAUUGGCACUGCAGCUGUAUUAUUUACUACAGGGGCUAUCGUGAUGGGUGAAGCUGAAACUAUUCUUGUAAUAAUAGUAGGUAGAGUAAUAGUUGGAUUUGCUAUGGGGUUGAGUACUGUAGUAGUUGUUUUAUAUGUUAAAGAAUCAGCGCUAGCCACUAGAUUAAAAUGGUUAUUAGGAUGGUUACAAUUGAUGUAUACCAUUGGCAAUAUGGUAUCGAACUUUCUCACUAUGGUGUUACAUUACCUUGGUGAUAAAAUGGUUUGGCAAUAUCUACUUGGUUUUGGAGCCAUACCAUCAAUACUACAAUUUAUAGCUAUCAUAUUAUUACCAGAAUCACCUAGGUGGCUAAUGGAAUGUGAUGAUGCUGAGGGGACUAGGGAGAGUUUAAUAUUAUUACGUGGUACAGACCAGAUAGGGGACGAGUUAGAAGCUAUCAGAUUAGACGUCGAAGAAGAAAGAAAUGAAUUGGAUAAAGGUAUGAGGCUUUCUAAACCACCUAUAAUUCGAAUACUGUUAAAACCUAAAGUUCGGCAGUCAGCUAUGAAUGUUUCCUUUUUACAUUUAUUUCAACAGUUAUCUGGCAUCAGCUGCAUCAUAUUAUAUGGAGGGAGUAUGAUAUUACUAUCUGGCUUACCCACCAAUCUAUCUCUGAUAUUAUUAAACAUACCCAAUGUUCUUUAUGUUGUUGCAACUUAUCUAUCAAAUAAAUUUGAACCAAUGAAAGAUGACCGGAGACAACUCUUGGUGUCCAGCUUCAUAGGUAAGAUUGUUUUGAUUCGAUUUGUACAUUUCGAAUCGACAGUUAUAUGUGGUUCAGAGCAAAAAGAUUCAUUUCUGAGCAGAUCAAUGUGUUUCUCUUUCAGGACAUGUGCAAUGUGUACUUAUACUGAAUUUUGUGGUUUUUGUUAUACUAAUUGGUGGGAUGGUUCCUGCUUACCCACAGAUUUAAAUAACUCUUAUAAAUCUGUUGUUGGCCGCUGCAAUCAUUCGCAUACAGCCAAUCCUUAUUAUAAAUUUAUACACAGUGAGUGUCCCAGUGAUUUUGGGUGGUUUGUUGUUGUUGGUAUGGUGGUUUUUGUCUUGGCAUAUGCACCAGGUUUAGGUCAAAUAACACAAAGAGAGAAUUCACAGAGAUGCCCAGUUUGGGCGAGGAAAACUUCCAAUUCUAUAGCACGGUCAAUAAACUGGGGUGCCAAUCUUAUUAUAUCAAUGACAUUCUUACUGCUGAUGGUGGCAAUGACCAAAUAUGGAACAUGUUGGAUGUUUACUGGGCUAUGUUUAAUAGGAGUGAUAUACACAGCUAUCUUGCUACCGGACGAGUAA